AUGGGAUUUUCAUUGUAUAGUCUUAUUGAAGCUGCUCUUCUUUGCGUUAAUGCUGUAGCCAUUUUAAAUGAACAACGAUUUCUUUCAAAGAUAAAUGUUGAUAAUCAAAAUUAUCCUGGUGCAGGUGCAUAUGGUAAUGAUCAUCAGAAUGCAGGCGGUGCUAAACAACAAUUACUUACUUUAAUUCGAUCUGUUCGUACUGUAAUGAGAGUUCCAUUGAUUGCAUUUAAUAUUAUAACUAUACUAUUUCUUAUUUUAUUUGGAUAA